CCACACAUCUCUCAUUCGGGUUUCGCAGAGUAUCUAGACAAGUGCGCAUAAAAACGAAAACACACACCCUUCUUUAGCUUGCAGUGUGACUUUGUUUAUCAACGGAAUAGGGCGGUUAACUGGAUCUAACUUUUAGUGCCUCCUGACGGGUUUUAGAUUGCGUAAAAUGUUUUCAGGAAAAGUCGCCAUUAUUACAGGGUCGUCGCGAGGAAUUGGGAAAAUGUGUGCCGAAACCCUUCUUAAAAAUGAUGCAAAGGUCUGUAUCUCAGCCCUCCAUGUGGAGACUUUGCAAGCAACCCUUGAAGAAUUCAAACGUAAAUAUGACGCUGAGCAUGUCAUCUCAACUCUUUGUGACGUAACCGUUCAAUCUCAAGUGGAAGAUCUCUUCCGAUUGACGAAAGAAAGGUUUGGCCAUAUCGACAUCGUGAUUAACAACGCGGGGUUACUGGAGCAUACGGACUGGGAGAGAGUUAUAGAUGUCAACCUAAAAGGAGUGAUUAGAUGCACAUCUUUAGCAUUGAAGUACAUGAAAAAGGAGCUCGGCGUUAAUGGGGGUGUUAUUAUUAACGUCGCGUCACUUGCAGGAAUAAUUCCAUUUGGACCAGCGGCUAUAUACGAUUCUUCUAAGCAUGGUGCUGUGGGUUUCACACGGAGUAUAGCGGAACACCCGGAUGUGAUCCAAAAUGGUGUGAGAGUGGUUGGUUUUUGUCCCUGUGUUGUCAACACUACAAUGGCAGACGAUAAAGAUUACAUGCAGGGUGCAAAGGACAAGUUGGGAAUAUUACGGGUUGAGGAACUUGGUGACGUAUUUGUGGAUCUCCUAACAGAUGAGACUAACAACGGCAAAUGCCUGAUUAUGACUCCAAGGCACCGCCAUUAUAGGGAAGAUCUUCCACGCCUGGAGGAAUACCUUCUUCAUAGUGCCUGAAUAGAGCUGGAUGACGAAUUCGGAAUCCAUUUUAUUCUGGCUUUUAACUUAUAUAUCAGGAACUGAUAAUUGAUUAUUUUGUGAUAAUUUUGGAUUUUAUUCUUUUGAAUUUUAUAUAACUCUUGAAUAAAGAUAAUUGCCCAUAGUGAAGAAA